AUGGCAAUUUAUUAUAUGUAUUUGGUGCGAGAUUUCGAUUACUGGAGUAAGCAGGGUAUUGUAGGCCCCAAACCUAUACCUAUUUUUGGCAACUUUUUGGAGACAUUUCUCGUCCCACUCCACGAGACGGAACUUAAAUGGCAUCAACGCUACGGAAAAGUAUACGGACACUUUAUGGGCAAACUACCGAUCCUGAACAUCGCCGACCCCGAGCUAAUCAAAGCGAUUCUUGUGCGCGAUUUUCACCAAUUUCACGAUCGCACCAAACUAUGGCUGUCCAACAAUAACAUAAUGGUUCGCAACGUUCACCAGUUGACGGGCGACGACUGGAAACGGGUUCGCUCUAUAGUGACCCCUGUGUUCACGGCCACCAAACUGCGGCAAAUGGAGCCCCGCGUACGCGACUGUUUGCGCGACGUGUGCGACCACUUGUUGGACGAUUGCGCCCGAAGUGGCCGUACGAUCGACACGUUCGCCGUAUUCGCCAAAUACUCGAUGGACGUGAUCGCCAGCAGUGUAUUCGCCACCAAAAUCAAUGCUUACGAGUCGUCCGGCGAGCGCGAGAAUCCCUUCGUGACGAACGCGCGGCUCAUGUUUAACGGCGCGCCCCUCAAGGAGUUGGCGACCGUAGUGUUGCCGCGAGUCGUUCAGAAAUGGCUCCGACUGUCCCAAACUACGGCCUCUAUGUUCUUCAUUCGAUGCGUUCGGCACAUGAUUUCCGUGAGGCGUCAGACGCCGACCCAUAAGUACAACGAUUUCAUUCAACUGCUUAUGGAGGCCGAGCGGGCGGACACCUGUCCCCCACGUGACGAGUACGACGUCAACGACGCCCAUCACAUGAACGAGGGCGAGGAAGAGUUGGCUGUCGACCAAAAGGCGUUCGACAUUCGAGUGGCGGACAAACAGCUGUCGGAGGACGAGGUCGUCGCUCAGGCGAUACUCUUCCUGUUGGCCGGCUAUGUGGCGACGGCGGCAGCGCUGGCCUACUCGACCUACGAGCUGGCGCUCAACCCACACAUCCAACAGCGACUAUACGACGAAAUAAUGGAGGCGUCCGCCGAUGGGGAGCCGACGUACGACCGGUUGGCAGCGCUGCCCUAUAUGGACGCCGUCCUAUCGGAGACUCUGCGCCGGUAUUCGCCGGCCGUACCGCUGGCACGGGUGGCGCUCGUCGACUAUAAACUCGGCGACACCGGCGUCACCAUCAAAGCGGGCCAACAGAUCGAGAUCCCGAUGUACGCCAUACAGCACUCGCCCCACUUCUACCCCAAC